AUGCCCGAUGCAUCAGAAGCCAACGGCACCAAUGGCCGGGUGGUGCCCGUUGCUAAUGGCAAGGCUACCUACGCUGAGAAGCACAAUAUCGCAGAUCACUUCAUUGGAGGCAGCAGGCUAGAAAAUGCCGCCCCCAGCAAGGUCAAGGACUUCGUUGCGCAACAUGACGGACACACUGUUAUCACCAACGUCUUGAUUGCCAACAACGGUAUUGCCGCCGUCAAAGAAAUUCGAUCAGUCCGAAAAUGGGCCUACGAAACGUUCGGCGACGAAAGAGCCAUUCACUUCACCGUCAUGGCUACCCCCGAGGAUCUGCAGGCCAAUGCAGAUUACAUCCGAAUGGCCGACCACUAUGUCGAAGUGCCUGGUGGCACCAACAACCACAACUAUGCCAAUGUCGAACUGAUUGUGGACAUUGCUGAGCGUAUGAAUGUCCAUGCUGUCUGGGCUGGCUGGGGUCACGCCUCCGAGAACCCCAAACUACCCGAGUCGCUGGCUGCCUCGCCAAAUAAGAUUGUCUUCAUUGGCCCUCCAGGAUCGGCCAUGCGGUCGCUUGGCGACAAGAUUUCCUCCACAAUUGUUGCCCAGCACGCAGCAGUCCCUUGUAUUCCGUGGUCAGGAUCUGGUGUCGACGCCGUAGAGAUCGACAGCAAGGGUAUUGUCACCGUCGCAGACGACAUCUACGCCAAGGGCUGCGUGACCUCGUGGCAAGAAGGUCUGGAAAAGGCAAAGGCAAUUGGCUUCCCCGUCAUGAUCAAGGCUUCAGAAGGUGGUGGUGGUAAAGGUAUCCGAAAGGCUGUGAGCGAAGACGGCUUUGAAGCUCUCUACAAGGCAGCCGCUAGCGAAAUUCCCGGAUCUCCCAUCUUCAUCAUGAAGUUGGCAGGCAAUGCCAGGCACUUGGAAGUUCAGCUUCUGGCUGAUCAGUACGGCAAUAACAUCUCCCUUUUUGGAAGAGAUUGUUCCGUCCAGCGACGCCAUCAGAAGAUCAUCGAGGAGGCUCCCGUCACCAUCGCCAAACCCGACACCUUCAAGGCAAUGGAGGAUGCCGCUAUCCGUCUUGGCAAGCUGGUCGGAUACGUUUCCGCUGGUACGGUGGAAUACCUGUACUCGCACGCCGACGACAAGUUUUAUUUCCUGGAGCUGAACCCUCGUCUCCAGGUCGAGCAUCCGACCACUGAAAUGGUCAGCGGCGUCAACCUACCAGCUGCACAGCUUCAGAUUGCCAUGGGUCUGCCCCUGCACCGCAUUCGCGACAUUCGAGUCUUGUACGGUGUGGACCCUAGAACCUCUGGUGAGAUUGACUUUGAAUUCAAAAACGAAGGCACUGCUCAAGCUCAGCGUCGUCCUACACCCACUGGUCACACCACUGCUUGCCGUAUCACCUCUGAGGAUCCUGGUGAGGGCUUCAAGCCCUCCAAUGGUGUCAUGCAUGAGUUGAACUUCCGGAGUAGCUCAAACGUUUGGGGUUACUUUUCCGUCGGUACUCAAGGUGGUAUUCACAGUUACUCUGACAGUCAGUUUGGUCACAUUUUUGCUUAUGGCGAGAACCGACAGGCUUCCCGCAAGCACAUGGUCGUUGCCCUCAAGGAAUUGAGUAUUCGUGGCGACUUUAAGACCACUGUUGAGUAUCUCAUCAAGCUGCUCGAAACCGAGGCCUUCGAGGACAACACCAUCUCCACUGGCUGGCUGGAUGAGCUCAUCUCUAAACGCCUCACGGCCGAGAGGCCCGACACAAUGUUGGCUGUCGUGUGCGGUGCUAUUACCAAGGCCCAUAUUGCUAGCGAAGCCUGCGUGGCCGAGUAUCGUGCCGGCUUGGAAAAGGGCCAGGUCCCUUCCAAGGAGAUCCUCAAGACGGUCUUCAACAUCGACUUUAUCUACGAGGGUUUCAGAUACAAGUUUACCGCCACUCGCGCCAGUGCCGACAGCUAUCACCUCUUCAUCAACGGCUCCAAGUGCACUGUCGGCGUUCGCGCCCUCAGUGAUGGCGGCCUGCUGAUUCUUCUCGACGGCCACAGCCACAACGUCUACUGGAAGGAGGAAGUCGGCGCCACUCGUCUGUCCGUUGAUAGCAAGACUUGCUUGCUCGAGCAGGAGAACGACCCUACUCAGCUGCGAACCCCCAGUCCCGGUAAGCUGGUUCAGUACGCUGUGGAAAACGGUUCCCACGUCAAAGCUGGCCAAACCUAUGCCGAAGUCGAGGUCAUGAAGAUGUACAUGCCCUUGGUAGCCCAGGAGGAUGGCAUUGUUCAGCUCAUCAAGCAACCCGGGGCCACUCUCGAAGCUGGUGACAUUUUGGGUAUUCUCGCUCUGGAUGACCCCAGCCGUGUCAAGCAAGCACAGGCCUUUGUCGACAAGCUGCCUCCCUACGGCGACUCCCUGGUUGUUGGCUCAAAGCCCAGCCAGCGCUUCUCCGUUCUGCGAUCCAUCAUGCUUAACAUCUUGAACGGAUACGACAACUCGGUCAUCAUGGCGCCUGCUCUCAAGGAACUGAUUGAGGUCCUCCGCAACCCCGAGCUGCCCUACAGCGAGUGGAAUGCGCAGUUCUCAGCUCUCCAUGCCCGCAUGCCUCAGAAGCUGGAUUCGCAGUUCGCUCAAAUUGUGGAGCGAUCCAAGUCUCGUCACUCCGACUUUCCGGCCAAAGCUCUGCAGAAGGCAUUCCAAAAGUUUCUUGAAGAGAGUCUGCCGGCAAACGAUGCUGAAACCCUGAGGACGACUCUCGCUCCUCUCACCCAAGUUCUCCACGCCUACGUCGAGGGCUCCAAGGUUCACGAGCUCAACUUCAUCCAGUCCCUGAUCGAGGCCUAUGUCGAUGUUGAAAAGCUGUUCCUCAGUCAUGCUCAGGAGGACAGCGUUGUUCUCAGGCUCCGUGAUCAGAACAAGGAUAACCUUGGCAAAGUUGUGCACACGGUUCUUUCGCACAGCCGGGUCAGCGCCAAGAGCUCGCUCAUCCUCGCUAUUCUCGAUGAGUACCGCCCCAACAAGCCCAACGUCGGUAACAUCAGCAAGUACUUGCGCGAGCCCUUGCGCAAACUGACCGAGCUCUCAUCUCGCUCUACUUCGAAAGUCUCUCUGAAGGCGCGUGAGAUUAUGAUUCAAUGCUCUCUUCCUUCGCUUGAGGAACGUACCGCCCAGAUGGAGCAUAUUCUGCGAUCCUCCGUCAUCGAGUCCCGAUACGGAGAGAGUGGUUGGGACCACCGUGAGCCUAAUCUCGACGUCAUCAAGGAAGUUGUGGACUCCAAGUAUACCGUCUUCGAUGUCCUCCCUCUGUUCUUUGCUCACGAAGAUCCCUGGGUGGGGCUCGCUGCGCUGGAAGUCUACGUUCGCCGUGCCUACCGUGCCUACAUCUUGAAGCAGAUUGACUAUCACAACGACGAGUCUGACUCGCCCCAAUUCGUCUCUUGGGACUUCCAGCUUCGCAAGAUUGGUCAGUCCGAGUUUGGCCUUCCUCUCCAGUCUGCUGCCCCUUCGACGCCAGGUACCCCUGGAGUUCCGGACUUGAACGUCAAGCGCAUUUACUCUAUCAGCGACAUGUCAUACCUGACCAGCAAGUGGGAUGAGGAGCCCACUCGCAAGGGUGUCAUUGUUCCUUGCAAGUACCUCGAGGAUGCUGAUGAGCUUCUUCAAAAGGCCCUUGAGACGCUGGCUUUCCACAACAAGCAGAACCGCCAGAACAACCCUAUGACAAUCCUCAAUGAUCUCAGCGGGAAGCGCAAGCCUUUAAACUCUACUCAGAAGGAUGCCAAGACCAGCGACGAGUUAUCUGCUGUCCUUAAUGUUGCCGUCCGUGAUGCAGAGAGCAACGACGAUAAAGAGCUCAUGGGCCGUAUCGUGCCCAUCGUCGAACAAUUCCGAAGCGAGUUGUUGGCCCGGGGUGUCCGUCGCCUGACAUUCAUCUGCGGUCAUGGUGACGGCUCUUAUCCGGGUUACUUCACUUUCCGAGGCCCGGAAUAUCUUGAAGAUGACAGUAUUCGUCACAGCGAGCCGGCUCUCGCUUUCCAGCUCGAGCUGGGACGUCUUGCCAAAUUCCACAUCAAGCCUGUGUUCACCGAAAACAAGAAUAUUCACGUCUACGAGGCUGUAGGCAAGGCUGUUGACACUGACAAGAGAUACUUUACGCGUGCUGUCAUCCGCCCUGGUCGUCUCCGCGACGAGAUUCCUACUGCCGAAUACCUUAUUUCCGAGGCUGACCGUGUCAUCAACGACAUCUUUGAUGCCCUUGAAAUUAUCGGUAACAACUCUUCCGAUCUGAACCACAUCUUCAUGAACUUUACGCCUGUCUUCCAACUCGAUCCCAAGGCUGUCGAGCAGAGCCUGCAAGGCUUCCUAGAUCGUUUUGGAGCCCGUGGCUGGCGAUUGCGUGUUUCUCAAGUUGAAAUCCGUAUUAUUUGCACGGAUCCCCAGACCAGCACCCCUUACCCUCUCCGUGUCGUCAUCACCAACACUUCCGGCUAUGUCGUGGACGUCGACAUGUAUGCCGAGCGAAAGUCGGAGAAGGGCGAGUGGGUUUUCCACAGCAUCGGCGGUACCAGCGAGAAGGGAUCUCUUCAUUUGCUUCCCGUCAACACACCGUAUGCGACCAAAAACGCUCUCCAGCCUAAGCGAUACAAGGCUCACCUCAUGGGAACUCAGUAUGUCUAUGAUUUCCCUGAGCUCUUCCGUCAAGCCAUCCAAAACAGCUGGGCCAAGGCUGUCAAAGACCAGCCCGCUCUGGCUUCCCGGCAGCCCAAGGUUGGCGAGUGUGUGUCCUACACUGAGCUUGUUCUCGACGACAAGGACACGCUUCAGGAGGUCAACCGUGAGCCCGGCACCAACGCUUGUGGUAUGGUGGGUUGGAUCUUCAAGGCUCGCACGCCCGAGUACCCCACCGGUCGCCGGUUCGUCGUCGUUGCCAACGACAUUACCUACAACAUUGGUUCCUUCGGUCCCAAGGAAGACAACUUCUUCAACAAAUGCACCGAGUUGGCUCGCAAGUUUGGCAUUCCACGGAUCUACCUGUCUGCCAACUCUGGUGCUCGUCUGGGUCUGGCCAAUGAGCUCAUGCCCUUUUUCAAGGUCGCAUGGAAUGACCCUGCCAAGCAGGAGGGAGGCUUCCGCCACCUGUACUUGGAUGAGAAGACCAAGGAGAACUUCAAAGACGACGUCAUCACGGAAGAGGUCACUGAGGACGGUGAGAAGCGCCACAAGAUUGUCACCAUCAUCGGACGUGAGGACGGCCUGGGCGUUGAAUGCUUGAGAGGAUCCGGUCUCAUCGCCGGUGCCACCAGCCGUGCUUACAAUGACAUUUUCACCGUUACCUUGGUCACCUGCCGAUCAGUUGGCAUUGGCGCCUACCUGGUCCGUCUCGGCCAGCGUGCCGUCCAGAUUGAGGGCCAGCCCAUCAUCUUGACUGGUGCCCCUGCCUUGAACAAUUUACUUGGACGUGAGGUGUACACUUCCAACCUGCAGCUCGGAGGCACUCAGAUCAUGUACCGCAACGGUGUUUCCCAUAUGACUGCCAACGAUGACUUUGCUGGUGUCUCUCGCAUUGUCGAGUGGAUGGCAUAUGUGCCUGAGAAGCGCGACGGUCCCAUCCCUGUUAGCCCCAGUUCUGACUCCUGGGACCGUGACGUUGUUUACUGCCCGCCUCAGAAGCAGGCUUUUGAUGUCCGCUGGAUGAUCGCCGGCAAGCAUGACGAAGACGGCAGCUUCCAGAGCGGCCUGUUUGAUAAAGACUCCUUUUUUGAGACUCUUGGCGGCUGGGCCCGAACUGUUGUAGUCGGUCGUGCACGUCUUGGAGGGAUUCCCAUGGGUGUCAUCGCUGUUGAGACUCGCUCUGUCGAGAAUAUCACCCCUGCCGACCCUGCUAACCCCGACUCCAUUGAACAAGUCACCAAUGAGGCUGGUGGUGUCUGGUAUCCCAACUCAGCUUUCAAGACGGCUCAGGCCAUCAACGACUUCAACUACGGUGAGCAGUUGCCGUUGAUGAUCCUGGCCAACUGGAGAGGUUUCUCUGGUGGUCAGCGAGACAUGUACAACGAAGUCCUCAAGUACGGUUCUUUCAUUGUCGAUGCGCUUGUCAAGUACAAACAGCCCGUCUUUGUGUACAUUCCACCUUUCGGCGAGCUGCGUGGCGGAUCCUGGGUCGUCGUUGAUCCCACCAUUAACCCUGUGGCCAUGGAGAUGUACGCCGAUGCUGAAGCUCGUGGUGGUGUUCUCGAACCCGAGGGUAUCAUUGGUAUCAAGUACCGCAAGGAGAAGCAGCUCGAGACCAUGGCUCGCAUGGACAGCACUUAUGCCAAUCUGAAGAAGCAGCUCGAGAAUAGCGACCUGACUCCCGAGCAAGCCGCUGAGAUCAAGAAAAAGGUCGUUGCCCGGGAGAAGGAGCUGCUACCAGUCUACGCCCAGAUUGCUGUGCAGUUCGCGGACCUGCACGACCGUGCUGGACGUAUGAAGGCCAAGGGUACGAUUCGCGACUCGUUGGAGUGGGUUAGUUCCCGCCGAUACUUCUACUGGCGGCUGCGUCGUCGUCUGAACGAGGAGUACAUCCUCCGACGCAUGGCCAGCAGUAUCUUGUCAGCGGUCAACGACUCCAACCAUUCCAAGGCCACUGACGUGCGAGCCCGCAACCUACAUUUAUUGCAGAGCUGGUCUGGCAUUAUCAACUUUGGCAAGAGCGACAGGGAAGUUGCCGAGUGGUACGAGAAGGAGAGAAAGAAUAUUGGAGAGAAGGUGGAUGCCCUCAAGGCAGAGCACCUUGCAGUGGAAGUUGCUGAAGUGGUGCGCACGCAGAAGACUGCUGGAUGGAAGGGUGUUCGGGAGGCGCUCAGAGUCAUGCCCGUUGAGGAGCGGGAGGCGAUUCUCAAAUACCUCAAGGCAUAA